AUGACAGAUUCAACCACCAGCGACCCGACGGUAGCGGGCAAUCGAUAUUUUCGCGUGACUGACGAUGAUCAUCGCGGCGUCAUUCUGGUCGUCUCCGUCAUAUGCGCCGCCUAUGUCCCCAUGAUCCUGGCCCUCCGGGGCACGUUCACCAACAAAAGCAUCGGUCUUGAUGAUGGAUUGGCCAUUGCCGUGUCGGUAGUAGGACUGUUACAUAGUGUUCUGGUCUGGAUAGCCGUGUCUCAUGGGUUUGGGAAAUCAUAUGAGGACAUUACUUCCUCGGAAGCGAGUUCUAUCAGCAGGCUGCUGCUCGCCUCGAUCGUGUUAUUCCUGGUCGAUCUGUUCCUUACCAAAAGCUGCGUGAUUCUUCUAUGUCGAAAAUUGUUCAGUAUCAACAUGAAACGGCACCGGACGUUGUGCGACACCAUGACCGUGGUCUGUGGUCUCUGGUGCAUAGGAGCCAUUCUGGCGCUCACCAUUGAUUGCGACUCGCUCCAACAGCUUGGAUACAAUACCUCAUUCUGUCCAACUCUGACCAAACGAUGGACCGCAGUCGCCGUUGUGGACGGAAUCACUGAGGCCCUGAUCUUCAUCUUGUCAAUGAUCGUAGUCUUGCCGCUUCACAUGAGUACGGACCGUAAAAUCUCGGUUCUCCUCACCUUUGCCCCAAGAUUAGCCGUCAUCGCACUGAUCGGUCUCCAUGCUCACUACAUAUACGUGACCGUCCACUCGUCGAACCCUGGUAUCGAGAUCGUGACCCCUACUGUUUACCGACAGGUCCUGGUCCUCUUUGCGAUCGCCUCGGCGGCCCUGCCUGCCCUCAAUCGUGGUCUUCGAAAGUUCAACACACACAUGGGUGGCGCGUGGAUGGAUACCACCCUCUCACAGGCGAGCAGAGACAGAGAUGCCCAAGCCCAAGCGUCGAUCCCUCUCAAAUCAUUCACCAAGACGAACAGAACCAACAAGAGCAGUAUGAACCGAAGCAAGAGAAGGUCAAUGGACGAAGAUGAAAUUGAUAGCGCUGAGAAAAACCCAAACUUCCGGCCUGACAGGGUCCAGCACAACACCACGGCAUACUGGGGCAAGUCGGUCGACCCGGACGCGCGAUCAGGACAGUCUCAAGAAAGCCAGAACAGUGAAGCAAAGAUCAUUCGCAAGGACAUGCAGUGGCGGGUCCAUUACGAGAACUCAGGCCCUUCAUAA